UGGUGGCUCACUGGCUCCAUCCUCUCUCUCUCAUCUAUACACGUAGCUAAAACCGGCGGUGGAGAAACUCGGAGCACCAUCAAUGCCAAACGCGCCGCUCGGUGAUCGAUCACUGAAGGGAUUACGCCCCUGUGGCUGCCGUAAUAGCCGGAUCUAGUGAAGUGGAAUCCAAUCUGCUGUUUCAGUCUUCGUUGUCGAUCUGAUCCAGUUCUGAUUCAAUCUUGUGGUCGUCUUCGGUCUCCUCGUUCUCGCUGCUUUGAGGUGGUAGGGGUGGUGGAUAUGGCGCCAAGCAUCAGAAAGGCGAUCGGAGCCGUUAAGGAUCAGACGAGUAUCGGAUUGGCGAAGGUCGCCAGUAAUACGGCGCCGGACUUGGAGGUGGCGAUUGUUAAGGCGACGAGUCACGACGAUGAUCCGGCCGACGAGAAGUAUAUCAGGGAGAUCUUGACUCUGACUUCUUUUUCCAGAGAGUACGUCAAUGCCUGUGUUGCUACCGUGUCGAGGCGUCUGGGGAAGACACGGGACUGGGUCGUGGCUCUCAAGGCAUUGAUGCUUGUUCAUCGGUUGUUGAAUGAGGGAAAUCCGGAUUUUCAACAGGAGAUCCUUUACGCGACUCGCAAAGGGACUCGUCUCCUCAAUAUGUCCGAUUUUCGCGAUGAGGCUCAUUCGAAUUCGUGGGAUCACUCUGCCUUUGUUCAGACUUACGCUUUGUAUCUAGAUCAGCAACUUGAGUAUCUGGUGUACGAUAGGAAACAGCGAGGCGUUGGCGGUGGCAGUGGCAGUGGCAGUGGCCACGGAAGGGAUGAUAGGUUUGGGGACAGAGACGACCGGUGGAGGCCACCACCGCGUUCUUACGAGUAUGAAUACGGGUUCAGAGAUGAACCCGGUUAUGGAAACUAUGGUGGACCGCCCCGGCGGUCGAGGUCUAAUGGGGAUUUGAACGAGUCACAGGGACGGGAGGAGAGGAAGCCGGUGACGCCUCUUAGGGAUAUGAAGCCGGAAAGGGUUUUGGGCAAGAUGAAUCAGCUGCAACGUCUUCUCGAUCGGUUCUUGGCAUGUCGGCCCACCGGCACGGCCAAGAACAGUAGAAUGGUGCUCGUUGCUCUCUACCCUGUAGUCAAGGAAAGUUUCAAGCAUUAUGCGGAUAUAUGCGAGAUAUUGGCUGUGUUGCUAGAUCGAUUCUUUGACAUGGAAUACCCUGAUUGCGUGAAGUCUUUUGAAGCAUAUGCUAGUGCCGCCAAGCAGAUCGAUGAGCUUGUGGCGUUCUAUAAUUGGUGUAAGGACAUAGGCGUGGCAAGGUCAUCAGAGUAUCCUGAGGUGCAGAGGAUUACCGACAAGCUUUUGGAGACACUGGAGGAGUUUAUGAGGGAUAGGGCAAGGAGGCCGAAGAGCCCUGAUAGGCCCCGUGAGGAGACCCCUCAAGAGGAGGAACCAGCACAGGAUAUGAACGAGAUAAAGGCUCUCCCUCCGCCAGAAAAUUAUACUCCUCCACCCCCACCUGAGCCAGAACCCAAACCGCAGCCACAGCAGGUAACAGAGGACUUGGUGGAUUUAAGAGAUAAUGGGGUUUCUGCUGAAGAUCAAUCAAACAGGUUGGCCCUGGCUCUGUUUUCUGGACCGGCUACUGGAAACACCAAUGGAUCAUGGGAAGCAUUCCCAUCUAAUGGCACUGCGCCUGGGGAGCCUGAAGUAACCUCAGCAUGGCACACACCCGCUGCUGAGCCCGGAAAGGCCGAUUGGGAACUAGCCCUGGUAGAGACAGCGAGCAACCUAUCAAAGCAGAAAGCCACUUUGGCAGGUGGAUUCGAUCCAUUGCUACUGAACGGCAUGUAUGAUCAGGGGGCAGUGAGGCAGCAUACAAACACAGCACAGUUGACCGGAGGGAGUGCAAGCAGUGUGGCAUUGCCAGUGCCAGGCAAGAGUGCAACACCAGUGCUGGCACUUCCUGCCCCAGAUGGAACUGUCCAGACAGUUGGGCAUGACCCAUUUGCUGCAUCGGUCAGUAUCCCUCCUCCAGCCUAUGUUCAGAUGGCAGACAUUGAGAAGAAACAGAACUUGCUGGUUCAGGAGCAGCAUAUGUGGCAGCAGUAUGCCAGGGAUGGAAUGCAAGGCCAAGUGAGUUUGGCCAAGAUCAACGGGACCGGCUUCUACACUCAAGGUCCACCUGCUGCGAUGCCAUACGGGAUGCCACAGUAUGGGAUGCCGCCGGUGAAUGGUACGAUGGGACAAGGAGGAUACUACUACACACCUCACUGAUUUUGCUCCCAUUUAUGUAUCACUUAUAAUGAUGCACUUUGAAACUGGUUGACAGUUUCAUUCUUGUUUUUUUUUUGAAAGUUCUCUUUCUAUUCGAUUAUGUGUUAGUGGUGUACAACUUUGUGUGUGGACAAGGGAGGGAAAUAGAGACACAGGAGAAAGGGAGGCUUGAACCUAUUUUACAGAAGAGAUGUGGUUGGUUUUUACAUGGGGGGGGCCCUGUUGGUCGGUAUUGUAAUGUAUCAAUUAUAGUUUUUACCUGUUCUUUGUACUAUUCGGAUAAUCUUCUCUUCUUAUUGUUUUGGAACCUUAAAUGAUUCUUUCCAGUUGUGAACUGGUGAUCCUCAAUUUUGAA